AUGACCAUCAGACACUGUACCAGCUCGUCAGGGCGGGAUCAGGUUGUUGAGUCAAGCGGCCCCGUGGUUGACAGCAGCGAUGACACCGAGUACCACUGCAGCCUGGAGAUCGCUGGCGCCGAGGGCAUCUCCCGCCUCGUCACGCGCGGCCGGCGCGGCCCUGCCCCGGAGUGGGGCGAGGCGUUUGCAGUCCCCCUCAGUGCACUGCUGCCCUCCGGCUCCAGGCCGACUAGCCACUACAGCGAACGCAGCACAGAAGUGCAGCAGCAGCAGCAGCAGCCACAGCAGCCGCCGCAGGGCGCUGCUAAGCAGUUACCGGAGCGGCAGCAGCAGCGUUUGGGCAUGCUGUCUGUGCGCCUGGCCACGCGCAAGCAGCUGCGAUCAGACGCGGCGCUCGCCACAGGCGAGCUCCCACUAGACGGCCUCGCCGCCUGCCUGGUGCCCGGCGCGGCGCCGCUCACCCAGUCCGUCAUGCUGCAGCCCGCCUCGUCCAAGCCAUCCCGCGGCGCCCAGGGCCGCGCCGGCGCCGCCGAUGCCGUGCUGCUGCGGCUUGCCGUUGUCACUGCUGUGGACGUCCCGCCCGGCCUGCGCGGCGCCGCCGCGACCACGUACAGCGCGGGGCGCGGCUGCUGCGCAUCAGCGCUGUCCGCGGUCGGCGCCGCCUCGCUGCACACGCGCGAGGGCGUCCUGUUGGAGGUCCCGCCGUUGCAGCACCUGCGGCUCGUGCUGCACGCCGCUACAGGGCUGGAGCAGCUGCGCAUGGAGCCGGCGGCGGCGCUGACGGCCGCGACGCAGGCCUCUCCAGAGCCCGCUGCUGGCGGCGGCUGCGGUGGCGGCGGGGCGGCAGGGGAUGGUCACAGCAGCGGCAGCGGCGCGGCGGGCGAGCCUGGCGGUUUGCUGGCUCUGGGGAGCUCGUGGCUGCAGAACAGCGGCAAGGGGGCCAAGCUGGCGGGGGUGGUCGCGGCGGCAUGGGCGGCGAAGCGCGGCGGCGGGCAGGGCGCGGGGACGCCUUCCCCCGAGGAGCAGCGGCAGCCGCACCCUGAGGCGGCAACCGGCCCGCCGCAGGGAGCUGCCGAGGCGUCGCCAGGUCAGCCACUUGGCGAAAGUGAAGAUGCAGUUAGCGAGCUGCGGACGCUCCCACCGCCACCCGUGGGCGCCGACGGCAGCGCGCCGGCCCAGGCGGCGGCGGUCGCACCGGCGGGGCCGGCGCGCCCGUGGAUGCAGGGGGUUGAUGGCGGUCAGGAGGUGCAGCAGGGCGGCCCGGGCGGCGGCCGCGGCAAGAGCCGCCACAGGCCUGUGGGGUCGAUUGAGCGUGAGGUGCUCAUGGGGCUGCUGGAAGACAACGGCUUCCACCACUCGGACGCCAUUGGGGGCUCCUUCUACUACGUCCGCAUGUCCUGCGCCGCCGCCGCCGACGCGGCCCCCAGCGCCGCCGCGUCGCUCACCGGCAGCGCCGCCACGCCGCCGCCCGGCGCGGCGGUCACGACGCGCAUGGUGCCGCUGUGCGGCCUCAACGGAUGCGCCGUGUGGGAGCAGCCGUUCUGGUUCGCCGUGACGCGGCCGGCAGAGGCCGGGGCCAAGGUCGAGUUUGAGCUGAUGGCCAGCAGCGACAAGAAGCAGCGGGGCCGCUCCGUGGCGAAGAUUGAGGUGCCGCUGGCGCAGCUGCUCGACCCGGCCGCCAUCGUGCCCGGCGGCCCCGCCGCACGCCGCUUCUCGGGCGCCGGCGCGGCCGCGGCGUGCGUGGCGGGCUGGGUCGCGGGUGGCGGCGGCGGAGGGGAGGCGCCGGUGUGGGAGCACCAGCUGACUGGGCUGUUCUGGGAGCGGCUGCCGUGCGCAAUUUGCGACUCUUAA